AACAGCAGUCAUGAAAGACUUAGCAGGUGGGCAAGCGGCAGAGGGGAGAGACACACAGGCCUGACAGCCAGGGACAACUGGCUGCCCACUGCCUGUUGCUCUUUGGAAGCAAAAGGAGCUGAAGCAUUAAAAAGGGCCCAGAGCCAUGGCCCAGCGCGAAGAAGAAGAAGAAGAAGUGACUCUCGGGAAGAUGGACUCCUCUCAGGACCCCCUCACGAGAGAGAUUGAUUUGGUGGAAAGAGACCCCAAGCAGAUCAACCAAGAGGUGGUGAAGGUGGACUUUGAAGAUGUGAUUGCUGAACCAGAGGGCACCCACAGCUUCGAUGGUGUGUGGAAGGCCAGCAACACCACCUUUACUGUCAGCAAGUACUGGUGCUACCGGAUUCUGUCCGGGGUGCUGGGCGUGCCACUUGCCUUGCUUUGGGGCUUCCUUUUUGCCUGUGUCUCCUUCUGCCACAUCUGGGGGGCUGUGCCUUGCAUCAAGAGCUACUUCAUAGAGGUGCAGUGCUGUGGGCGCUGCUAUGCCCUGUGUAUACGUACCUUCUGUGACCCACUCUUUGAAGCCGUGGGUAAGGUCUGCAGUGAUGUCCGUGUGGCCCUGCGCAAGGAACGGGCCAAAGACUGAGUCUCUGUGCUUUGGACUGGGGCAGGACUCUGGAGUCCUAACUCUGCUGGUACAUACAAAGAGGUGCACAGUGUGGCCCAGGGAACUUUGCCACUAACUCACUUUCCCCACAGAAUACCCUUUUGAAAGCCCAGUGGUCUGAAAUAGAAAAUCUAUACAACACUCUCCUUUACGCAUGUCUACGUACAUGUGCACAUACAUACGCAACUCAUACCAGAAUCUCAAGAGACGUUCUUUGACGGAAGCCCUAUUUUGAAAGAAAUGGAAGUUGUAAACAAGCACUACCAUAUGAUCCUACUUGCAUGGACGUUUGUAUAGGAGACCUCCCCAGGAUAUCCUGUCUUCCUCUGCAUUCUGCAACUCUGAAGAUGGCUUAGCAUCUUUUUUUCAAGGCAGCCAUUUCACAGAGAUUUUGUGGACAGAACUAAGUCAUUAUGUCUCACAGCAGAAAAAGGGGGUUGCAAUGCAUACUGGAGCUUUGCAAUUAGGAAGGGAUAACAUGUUAUCCCAAUCACAAAGGAAAGCAAGCAAUCUGGAGCUUCUGGAGAUCUGAAAAAUGUUAGAGGACAAUCACAUGCCCUUUACUGCUUAAGGUAGCCUUGUUUCUAAUUGCAAUACUUCCUCUACCACCUAAUCUGACCAUCAUAAUAUAAUUCUCUCAAAAAUCACUCUUAUGGAUGACAUGCGGAAGAUCAGAGUUUCACCCACCUCAUCUCCCUGCUGCAAUGCAAUGCUUUUAAACUGCAAAGCAAGGGUAUGAACACAGCAGGGAUAACCUAUUGAUUGCUGCAAUUUCCCUGCAGGGGAAAUAACAGCACUAUGGCUACUGCAUCUUAAACAGCAAGCAGCUUCCACUCUCUUACAGGAGCUAGGAUGCUGAGUUAUCCCAGCUCCAAAAGUCAAUGAGAGAAACAGCAGUCCUUAAUUGUCAGGCUUCAGGUUGCUCUCACAUUAUAUUGGGGUGGGAAUGCUAUUCGCAACAGGUCUGACACUGAAUCUGAUUUUAACUGUAUUUCUCCCCCCAUCCCCAGUGAUUUUUUAGAAUAAGCCUCCAUUAUUAGGCAAUGGUCAGUUUCAAGAUUUAAGCAGAUUGGCUCAAACAAGUACACAUGUUGUGGGUGUUGUUUCAAGAGCUGCCAGCUUUUAUUUCAAGAGCUUCAGCAAGCCCCUGUUUAAGUCCAAGUCAAGCAGUCUAACCAUUAGCAGCAAUUUGAACUUUUAAAAAAACCUUACUGUAUCUGGAAAACAAAAUAUUGUAUAAAAUACAAAGUAUUAUAUAAAAUAAAGCCCAAGCAGUCCUUCAGUGUCUUGUUUAUUCUGUAUAAAAUCUCAACUGGUUGGCAACUCUCUGUGGAAAGUUUACAAAUCCAGUUUAUUGCAUGAGACAGAGCGUUCAAGAGAGA